AUGCACUUGACCACUCCAGGGACAAAGGAAGGAAAGAAAGCAAGACUGUAUCUUCACGUAGCCAGAAUCACCAUGAUUGACUUUAACUCCACUGCAUUCACCAAUCCUAGUACCUUCUUCCUGAUGGGCAUACCUGGCCUAGAAUAUUUGCAUAUUUGGUUAGCCAUCCCUUUCUGCUCAAUGUAUAUUGUGGCGCUCAUGGGAAACAUACUUAUCCUUUUUAUCAUCAAAACUGAGACUGUUCUCCAUGAACCCAUGUUCUAUUUUCUUUCCAUGUUGGCCAUCACAGACCUCAUCUUGUCAACCUCCACUCUUCCCAAGAUGUUGGGUAUGUUCUGGUUCAAUUAUCAUGAAAUAGGAUUCCAUGCCUGUCUCACUCAGAUGUUUUUCAUCCAUGCUUUCUCUGGGGUGGAGUCAGGGCUUCUUGUGGCCAUGGCACUUGACCGGUAUGUGGCAAUCUGCAAUCCGCUGAGACACAGAUCCAUUCUUACAAAUGCUGUGGUGGCUCAAGUUGGCAUAGUGGCACUUCUACGUGGGUUAGUACUAAUGACACCACAUCCAUUUCUGGUAAGGAGAUGGCCAUAUUGCCAGUCCAAUGUAGUCCCCCACACAUACUGUGAGCACAUGGCUGUGGUGAAAUUGGCUUGUGCUGACAUUUCCAUCAAUAGUCUUUAUAGUUUGGCAGUCAUUGUCUUAAUUGUUGGGACUGAUGUGACAUGUAUCUCUCUGUCCUAUGUACAGAUACUUCGUACUGUAUUUAAUCUGCCUUCUAAUGAUGCCAGGUUGAAGACCCUCAGCACUUGUGGGUCCCAUGUGUGUGUCAUCCUCACCUUCUACAUCCCUGCUCUUUUUUCCUUCCUCACCCACCGUUUUAGUAAGCAUAUACCACGCCACACCCACGUCCUGCUGGCCAACAUGUACUUGUUGGUACCACCUAUGCUGAACCCUAUCAUCUAUGGAGUAAGGACCAGACAGAUCCAAGAAUGUGUCCAACAAUUAUUCAUGACUAAAAUCAGCUGA